GAAAGGGAAGAUUCAAUCAGACAUGAUGAGAGGACACAUCUGGAGGGACCAUUUUGUCCAGCAUCUUUCACCAUCUCUGUAUUGCUUCAUCUUUUAUUAUCAUCUCUAUACUCCUCCUCCUGAUGUUUCCAUUGAUUCACUUGGCAAACCCAUAUCUUUAAUCUCGAUUCUUUAUUGAUUCUCCUGAAAUUAAAAUGCUUACUUUGCUCACUGAUAUAUAUGUGGGCAGUCCACGGUCAGCAUGAGUCAACUGUUGGAGAAGGGUGUGAUUGAUUUGCUGAGAUUUAGGAGAGUCGAGAAGGAAUGAAAGGAAUUUGGGUUGUUUUAACAUGGGUUGUGAUCUUUGUUGGGGCUUGUCCAAAGGGUAUGAGCAAGAAUGGCACUUCUUCUUCAAGGCCUGCAGUGGUUAAUAUUGGGGCUAUUUUUGUCUCUGACUCAACAAUUGGAAGGUCUGCCAAGAUUGCAAUUGAGGCGGCUGUCAAAGACGUGAAUGCCGACCCCACCGUCCUCCACGGGACCCAGCUGGCAGUGAAGUCCCAAAGCUCCAACUGCAGUGGGUUUCUUGGCAUGGUUUCAGCUUUGAAAUUCAUGGAGACGGAUGUCGUUGCAAUAAUAGGUCCACAAUCUUCGGUUGUUGCCCACACCAUCUCGCACAUUGCUAACGAACUCCAAGUCCCUCUAUUGUCCUUUGCCGCUACGGACCCCACACUUGCUUCUCUCCAGUUUCCUUACUUCAUCAGGACAACGCAGAGCGAUCUCUAUCAGAUGAAGGCGGUUGCUGACAUCAUCAAUCAUUACGGGUGGCGGGAGGUGAUUGCAGUCUUCAUCGAUGAUGACUACGGAAGAAAUGGGGUCGCCGCAUUGGACGAUGCGCUCUCCGCGAACCGAUGUAAGUUGACUCACAAAGCGGGAAUCCCACCGAGAACUGCCACGGAUCGAGCCGGGUUAAUGGAUAUUAUGGUCCAGAUUGCUUUGAUGGAGUCCAGGGUCAUUGUUCUUCACACAUAUCCGGAUUCGGGGUUCGCGGUUUUCUCAGUGGCCCACUAUCUCGGAAUGAUGAAUGACGGUUAUGUUUGGAUAUCCACGGACUGGCUUUCUGCCGUAUUUGAUUCCUCUCCUCGUCUUCUCCCACCGGAGAAAAUGGAUGUUAUGCAAGGAGUUCUCGUUUUGCGUCAACACACCGAAAACUCAGCUAAAAAGAAGGCAUUCUCUUCUAGGUGGAACAAUAUGACCGGGGGCAAUUUGGGGAUAAAUUCCUACGCUCUUUAUGCUUAUGACAGUGUUUGGUUGGUCGCACACGCGGUCGAUUCGUUCUUAAACCAAGGUGGAGUUAUCUCCUUCUCCAACGACUCCAAUUUACAGCUUGAAGGGAGGAAGAGUAAUCUUCAUCUCGAAGCUUUAAGUAUCUUUGACGGGGGCCCACAUUUGAUGAAGGACAUAGUAGAGAGUGAUUUUGUUGGUCUAACAGGAAGGUUCAAGUUCACUAACGACAAAACGCUCAUUCUUCCUUCGUAUGAUAUACUCAAUGUGAUAGGGACUGGUUUUAGAAGUAUCGGUUACUGGUCAAACCAUUCUGGUUUGUCAACUUCACCUCCAGAGACUCUCAACUCAAAGCCAUCCAAUGCUAGUUUUUCAAGGGAAGCCCAAAAGCUUUAUGAUGUGAUUUGGCCCGGGCAAUCGGGGAGGAAGCCACGUGGAUGGGUUUUCCCUAACAAUGGGAAGCAACUGAAGAUUGUGGUGCCCGUUAGGACUAGUUUCCGCGAAUUCGUGUCCCAUAUCCCAGGGACUAAUACCUUUAAAGGCUUCUCCAUAGAUGUUUUUACUGCAGCAGUUAACUUGUUGCCCUAUGCGGUUCCCUACCAAUUUGUUCCCUUUGGGAAUGGGCGUGAGAAUCCAAGCUACAAUGAGUUGGUGCGUUUGGUGUCUGCUGGGCGUUUCGACGGUGCUGUUGGUGACAUUGCCAUUGUGACGAACCGGACUAAAGUUGUGGAUUUCACACAGCCAUACGCCGCAUCCGGACUUCUUGUUGUGGCCCCAUUUAAGAAGCUCAACACAGGAGCUUGGGCUUUUUUAAGACCAUUUUCUGCGCAAAUGUGGGCUGUUACUGCGUUCUUCUUCAUUGUCGUUGGCACAGUUGUUUGGAUCUUGGAGCACCGGAUUAAUGACGAAUUUCGCGGGCCUCCAAGAAAACAGCUUAUAACCAUUGUGUGGUUUAGCCUUUCCACUUUGUUCUUUGCACAUAGAGAAAAUACAGUGAGUGCCCUUGGUCGUGCGGUCCUAAUCAUAUGGCUCUUCGUGGUGUUGAUAAUCAACUCAAGUUACACUGCAAGUUUGACAUCCAUUCUCACGGUGCAGCAGCUGUAUUCUCCCAUCAAGGGAAUUGAAAGCUUGAAGGAAGGAGAUGACCUGAUAGGAUACCAAACCGGUUCUUUUGCUGAGCACUAUUUGGUCGAGGAAAUUGGGAUACCCAAGUCCCGGCUUGUCGAGAUUGGAUCACCUGAAGCAUAUGCUGCUGCACUUGAGAAGGGGCCUGCUGAAGGGGGAGUCUCUGCAGUGGUCGACGAACGCCCUUACGUGGAAAGCUUCUUGUCCAGCCAAUGUAAAUUCAGGAUUAUUGGCCAGGAGUUCACCAAAAGCGGCUGGGGUUUCGUGAGUAUCUCUGUCACUAACACCAUGUUUGGUUCUAGGAAUCCGAAAGGUAGAAGACAAGAAAAUGAGAUGGAAAACAAUUGUUCUUGCUUGGCUUUCCCGCGGGACUCACCAUUGGCCGUUGACAUGUCCACUGCAAUUCUAACACUGUCUGAGAAUGGGGAACUGCAGAGGAUUCAUGACAAGUGGUUAACCCGAACCGGUUGCAGUUCAGAUGACACCGAGAUUGACUCGGAUCGGCUUCACCUCAAGAGCUUCUGCGGUCUCUUUCUCAUUUCUGGCGGGGCGUGCGUUAUCGCGCUCCUAAUAUAUUUCACUCAAAUUAUUCUCAAGUUUCGCCGAAUCGAUCACGAUGAACCGGUUGGAGAUGGCUCGCAAAGUUCACGUUCUAGAAGCCUGCAAAGGCUGAUAUCGCUUAUUGAUGAGAAAUCGGACCCCACGAAGAGGGAAAAAAAGAAGAGAAAAAUUGAUCCCUCAUUGUCCCUUGACACCAGCAAUGGUGGACACUCAAUCCACAUAAACAAUGAAUGAGAGGGAAGAUCCUAUCAAGAAUAUGACACUUUUAGCCCCGAUAAGUUCUUCCUGAAGUGGCUUUUUAGGGGAUUGGAGGACUGAAAAGGCGACGUUGGAAAGACUUGCAGCGUAAAAUGGAGAGGUUAGUCAUUUGAACUAAAAGUGUGCAUUAGUUUAUGUUGUAAUAUAACACAUACCACUCAAAGUGUUAUUUUUUCCUUUUUUUCCUAUGUUGGGUUGGUUUGCCCUCAACAAGUCAAUAAGAAAGGACUAUCGGAUCAGAUUUUGUUUGCUGAUUCUAAAGAAUCAAACAGUUUAUUAUAU